UAAACGCCUAGAAAACAAACUAAAUGGUUAAAAAUAAUCCAAUAGAAGGUAAAGUAAUGUGAAAGAAAUUACAUAGUGCUUCAUAUUUUACAGUUUCCUUUAAAGUCACGCUCCUUAUCUCAACUCAACCCCAUCGGAGUUCCCACAAAAUGGGCGGCGCAGCCCAGCGGCUCCCCCUAUUACGAGUGAUUCUGUCUUGCCGAAAAAUCACAGCUCAAGUGACGAAUCCUAUUACCGAUUCCAUCAUCGCCAUGGCUUCAACCACUGAACCCGAAUUCAUCCCACAAUUGAAAGCCAAGCGGAAUCAGGUCCCAAGGCAUCAUAACUAUGUCGACCUCAGAAUGGCUUCCAGAGUCGGGGAAAAGCUCGGCGUACGGCUGAAAGAAAUUGGGGUUGAAAACGUAGAAAUCGAUUUGAAGGAAGAACUUUCUAGGCCUAUUCAUCAGCAGAAAAUGGUGAACCCGAUAUUCCGGACGGUCAAGGAGGCCGGUAUUAGUGUUUCUGGUACUGAUGAGUUGAUUUUCGGAAAUGUGCACUGAUUGAGGAGAUAUUCCGACAGUUGCAAGUGAACUUUCACCCAUUUCUUAUGUUGAGCUGCCCCUGAGGUUAUGGAAGAUCGGAACCUUUUCUGCCUGUUUACUCGAUGGUAUAGUUUUCUGCCAUUUUAAGUUCUUACAAUUAUUAGGGCUUUUCGUUAUUUGAAUAUCUCUAUGAUAGUGAUAUGUUUGUGGGAUUGGGAUUCUUGGUGUAAAUUGUUUCUUUCUGGUUGGUUUGCCUAAACUGUUUGUGAAAUUGUGAGUUAGGCUUCAUGAUUUCGGCUCUUGCAUUGUUCCCUCUAUAUUGCAUUUGCUGUAAUUUAUAUAGACAUCAAAUUAUACCUAAUGACCGCCCUCGAGGAUGAGCUUACUUGACAUUUACUUGUGCGUCUCUUCUGGAAUUUUGUCUUUCUCUCAUGUAGACAUGGAUACUCUGUAUUUUUAUCAUAAAAUCAGCUUUGUAAAGUGGAAGUUGUGAAUAUCGUUUUGACAUGUUUCUUUGGUUAGGCGUGUCUGGAAAUUUGAGCCA